UCUAAAGGCGGGCGAGCGGGUGUUUUGUAUUGCAUUUUUGUUGUUGACGCGAGUGGUCGGCGUGCUCCGAACUGCUCUGUGCACCUCGCUCGGGACCGGCUCCUUGUGUAGCACAUGUCUUGAGGACUCCUUGUUGCGCUACUGCAGGCCGGUGCACGCGCGAAUCGCCAAGUGCGAGCGGGACAACACAACGCAUCACGUGUGGAUUUCGUACACCCAUAACUUAUAUAGCACACUAAAAUAUUGAGCACAAAAAAUCUGGUAAUUUGGAUCCUAGUAACGACGCUCGGCAUUCAUAAUUUUACCGCAGGGUCAAGAGCACGCCUCGGCGUUUUUUCUUCGCCGGCUUUUUUUAAUGUUUAUUUUCUCGGAACACGUGGAUUUUUUGAGAAAUUUUGGCGAUAAAGCCUUGGACUGUUGCCUUUUGGACGUGUUGUGACGUUAGUGUUACCUUUAUUAUGUGAUAUAUUUUUAGUGACAUUUAGAUAGGAACAAACUGUGAUUAAUUAUGGUGAUAUAGUUGAUGGUGGUUUGGAGAUUUUUGUAUAGUGACAGCUACAACGAAACUGAAGAUCUCGAAAAAUUCCAUGACACACAAAGCAGGGGAAAGCCGGAAUUUAUACCGAUAUAUUUUUAUAAGAUAGUGCCAAAUACCAAAUAGGGUUUUAUUAAUAUUUAGAUAGAAAAUUUUAAAUCAUACAAGAUGAUGGAAGGUAGGACAAUCGACUACAGGCCCGAUGGUGGGGGUCUGGACUACCACAACUCGCCUUUGAUGGCGGAGAUACCAGUAGACAACUACUCCCACAUACACAGAAGUAUAGAACACUUAAGAUCAAUAGGGGUACCACCAAUUGACCAUCAUAGACACUUGGCAACGAAUUUGACAGACUUGAGAAGAUACGAGCAUCCGGAUGAGAUGCCUGAAAUCAAGCCGUCCGUGUUAAGACUGUCGGAGUUCAAGAGUGGGCUUGCGGAGAUCAGGGUGCAUAAUGAGCAGGAGAAUGACAUCCAGAGACAGAUGACGCCGCACCAAGACGACGGACCCAAGGGAUACAGUGCACCGUCCACGCCUCUUUCAGAAAACGGCGGACAGAACAACCAGGAAGAAAAGGUGUUCGGCUCCAAAGCAGACCUUCAGCUGCACACGCAGAUCCACCUUCGGGAGGCCAAGCCGUACCGCUGCACCCAGUGCCCGAAGGCCUUUGCCAACUCUUCAUACCUGGCGCAGCACUCCCGCAUCCACCUGGGCAUCAAGCCUUACCGCUGCGAAAUAUGCCAGAGGAAGUUCACCCAGCUCAGCCAUUUGCAACAGCAUAUUCGGACUCAUACAGGCGACAAACCGUACCGGUGCACCCAAAUUGGCUGCACAAAGGCGUUCUCUCAGCUGUCCAACCUGCAGAGCCACAGCCGCUGCCACCAGACAGACAAGCCGUUCAAGUGCAACUCCUGUUACAAAUGCUUCACCCACGAGAAGGAUCUCCUCGAACACAUUCCCAAGCACAAGGAAUCCAAGCACCUGAAGACACACAUAUGCCAGUACUGCGGAAAGAGUUACACCCAAGAGACGUACUUAAGUAAGCAUAUGAAUAAACACGCCGAGCGGGCGGACAAACGGCCCCCGAUCUCGGCUCUAGGGUUGAGCGGAUUGAACAGGUCUUUAGCGGCUGCUGCCCCAACGGCCGCGCCCUUCGCUGAACACCCCUACUGGCCAAAGGUCAGCCCCGAUUCAGCUGCCCACAUGUCUGACGAAGGCAACUACCACCAGCAGCGUGAGAAUGAUGAGCAUGAACAACAUUUGCAACAACAACGGGCGUUGUUCGCUCAACAUGACAAUCAGGAUGACCGCAUCCAGCCCCCAGUGUCUUCCGCGGCGAAUUCCGCGUUCACACCAAUCAAUUCCAUGGCUCCUCACCUGAACGGUCUAUCGCACCACGGAGCGCUCCCAACGAGACCGUAUCUGUAUGAUCCUUUGCAUUUCCAACAAGGUAAGCAGCAGCCGAACUCUUUCCCCAACCAGCUGAUCUCGUUGCAUCAGAUCAGGAACUAUGCUCACCAGCCGUCGGCACUACUGCCCGCUGAACAUAUUUUACCUCACGCUCUGGCGCACAAAGACAAGCAGUAGAUUCCUUGCCGUUUCGUUCGGUCAGUGAAGAAAAUUGACGAUCGCGGAAGACCUUCGACCGUCACUUCUCUUCCCUGUCUGUGCACUUAGUACUUAUGAUGGUAUUAUUAGCCUAUAGUAACGGAAUAUUAUUAAAAACAAUGUUUAGAAUCUCGCUCUCGAAGACAGUGGUAUUAAGAAUAUUACGGAAAUUCGUUACUCCAUGUUUUUAGACUUAAAUCGAUAUUGUGUAUGGAUACUCUGAAUUCGUGAGUAGUUAAAAUGUACUGGGCGAUGUGAUUUCAGAUUUUAUUGCGAGGUUAAAGAUUAGUUUCGUUAAGGCAGAAGUUCUUAGCAUUUCGUUUGCGUUUACGUUUUAUAAAGUUAUUAAAAUAAUUGUUCGAUUUUUUUUAUGUUUACACUGCUUUAGGUGGAGAGCUAAUCUUUAAGCUGCGUUCUCACUAGCAUUUCUCUGAAAAUAGGUGGCCUAAUUAAGUUGUACUAUGUAUUAGAUUACCUUGAGUUUUGAAUGUGUCGCUGACAACUUUACGAACCACUUCCUCUAUUCAGUAUUCAAGUUACUUUUUGUUUCAACGGGUUUUAUGUCAAACUCGUUUUGAGCUCUCUGUAGUUAUUAAAUAAUAAAAUUUUAAAUUCAUAAUUUUUAAUUAUUUUAAAAUGUCGUUAGCAAGACUCGAAAUAAUUAUUCAUUUUGACAUGUCGACAAUUAUGGUGAUUAGGAUUUUUAUUUUUGACAAAGAUCCUACAGAAUGAUUCGUUGUCCGCAUUCAUGUAGUUUCAUACACUUUUCAUUUGGUACAAAACUUUUUAUUUAAUACCUACUUCCAGUGUUUAUUAUUUAUUUCUAAUCUUACUAAUAUACAUAUAGGACGUUAUAUUCGCAACCAAAUGUUCGGAAGAUACUUUAAAUUCGCUAUUCGGUUCUGUACAGAUCCACAAUAAAAAAUCAUCUUCAAAAACAAAUUUGAAGUGUCUUUCAAAUACUUGGAGGUAAAUCAGAAAGUUCCUGAGAUAAAUAAUUUAAUAGCUAAUACAGAUCUAAAGAAAUCACAGACAUUUCUCAUUUAACUUGCAUUUUAUCGUAUACGUUAAGAAUAGCCAGGGGUUACCAACCUAAACAAAUUAUUAUAAAGAAAAGUAAGAUAUAAAAAUAUCACCUAAAAUUAUUAAGAAUUAAAUUCGUUCACUAACAAACUUCUUAAAAACUGACUACCUAUCUAUUAGAGUAUAAUUAUUAGAUACAAUCUUAGAUGAAGGUUGGCAAUCCCUGCUCCCUCACAGAUCUCUUAAACAUCACUUUUGCACUCAGUUCCUACUUAGAUCAUUAAAUCAUUUAUUUUAGCUUUAUUUCAUUGUCUUUUGCACAACAUUUUUGUCCUUUCAAAACUGGUUUUGGGACACAUGAAAGUAAUGUUAUUUCAACGUAUGAAAAUACACGAAUAUGCAUUAUAUAUUAAAACUUAUUUUAUAGUUUCCUAGGACUAGCACAUCCCUAAUAUGUUUUCCACCAGCGGUUUUACCAUUCAACACAGUUUGAAUGGUAAAACCGCUCGGGCAGGCAAAAGAAUUUGAAUCGCGGUACCUAAAAUAAAUUAAACGCAUUUUGUGAUCUCAAUCUAAAAUAAUAUUCCUAACAGUUGCUUAUUCAUCACGAUAUAUAAUAUUUCGUUUGCUGCAUUAAAACUUAUUUUCUUUAGAUAAAAAAAACAUAAGUGUACAUUUUUUACUUUAAAUUCGAUAAAGCAAAUGUCAGCACCAUAGUAAUUGCUAAUUAUAAAAACGCAGGCGUUAUUGUAAGUGUUACCAAAACCAGAUUUAGUAAACACUCUCUGUCUUCAGAUUUUGACAAAUUUAAGUUAAUUUCUAGUAUAACACAUCUGAAGAUUGAUCGUAUUUUCUAACUAUGAAUGUAUUGUAUGAUAGAACGAGUGGCCAAAUCGCUUAUUCUAAAUUCACCCGAAAAGGCGCACUUUUGUACAUAUUUUGUAAAUACGACAUUAUUGACGGAACCUUGAAUUUUUUUGAUUUAAUUAAGUCUAAAAUUGCUUAUGCUCAAAUAUACUAGGAUAUAAGAUACGGUAGCUGGAACAAUGGAAUUGUAUCAAGUAUUCCUAAUGGUUUUGAUUGUACUUAUUACUUUAAACGAAAAUUGUUUCUUUAGAAUAGUUUUGUGAAGUAUACGAAAAUAUUGUUGAUUAUUUACGACCCAGUGAAGAGCAUGGUGAUUGUGAUAGGAAGGAGCGAGAAGUAAGAGAUGUGGAUUUAUGCGUUGAUUGAUUUGCUAUUGAGCUUGAGUAUCGCACCCGUAUUCUGAGAUGUUCACUCAAUUCUUCCUCCACUCAACUCGGCCUCAGCUGAACAUUUUGGUAUUUUAAGUUGAUAUUUACGUCUUCGACUUGAGGAUUUUACUUGAGUUGAGCAUAUCAUACUACCAUCAUCUCUCUCUCUCUCUUUAUUUAAGAGCUGCGCUCUUGCCGGUGGAGUAAUCGCGUUCAUUACUCCAUAGAUAGGGCGUGUAGGACGGCGGUUGCCCCAAUCGCCUUCCGUUCCGCAGUACACCGACCAAUUUCUCAAUCAGUGAUGUUCUAGCUAGAGCCAACAACGGGCUCGUUCGUUUUUGUUUUGUUAUGUUUACCGAUGUAACAAUACAAAAAUGCCUUACUGGAGUACACUGGAGACAAGGCUGAGGCGCCCUCUAAGAAUACCGAGGUGAGUUCGAGGAAGUCCUCGAGGUUGCCUCAACUGGGGACGGAAUUAAGGAAGGUUGGAGUUAACAUCUUACAUACGAGUGUAUGUCUAUUGGGUUGUGGUUAUAUGUGAUUUAUUGUUCCAAGUUGUUCAACUGUCACUCACAUUGUUGUUAUUAGCUUGAAAAUCCUCUGAAAUAUUUAAUGCUUUUAUUCGAAUCAUUGUAUAUUAAGACACCUAAGCAUUACAUAUAAGGAGGGGUCGAUGUCUUCAACAGUGUGAAGUUAGCCAAAUGCUAUUUCUUAAGUUCGUGUACAAAAGGUUUCUUGUUUUUUUUUUAUUAAAUAAAUAAAUGUAAUGGCAAUACUUAAUUCUUCCGAAUUGUUGUUAUAUAUAU